UUGUUGAAAAGGUGAUAGGAUGAUUAAUGUAUUACCUCAUAACUGAAACUGCUCGAAACAAAGAAGCAGAUAAUUUGUACCUUUUUAUAUUUCAUACAAACAUAUCAAUGGAUAUAGCUUUACAUAACUUUAUAGCCCAAAGAAGAAUUUCUGUUCGGUUUUGGAGAUUUACGUAGAAGACCUGCCAACUGAAUUCUCGAAAUUUGUUUGGAUGCAGCUGAAAUAAAUAAUGACUUGGGCACAAUGAGAUGACAGAGUUAUUUUUAAAAUCUUAACAUUUUAAUCUUUAUUGAUUAUAUAGAAACUUUAAUGCUUACUUCAUGGCUGCCAAAGAUGGAAUAAUGUCAAUUUCACAAUUUAUCACAUACUUCUUGGUGCAACUUUUGAUGAAUGAAGUUCUAUCUUUUGUUCCUGAGCAUCAAAAAUCAGCUAGGAUUGAAGUUAACGAUGAAAAUCAGAUUGUGCUGGGUGGACUCUUCCCUGUGCAUGCAGAAGGUACAAGCGAAGACAACAGGUGUGGCUCCAUGCUGACCGAGAAAGGCAUUCAACGUUUAGAAGCUAUGUUAUAUGCGAUUGAUCAAAUUAAUAACAACUCAAGUUUUUGGAAAAUCAAGAUGGGUGCCGUGAUAUUAGAUACAUGCUCUUCAGAAUCGUAUGCCCUGGAACAAUCUCUACAGUUUUUGCAUUAUUCUUGUGGGCCGAAAGCCAACAUAAGCAGGAAGGUGACAGCAGUUGUUGGUGCUUCUAACAGCGUUGUAUCUGCCUCUGUGGCAAAUAUAUUCAGAUUAUUUCAGAUUCCGCAAGUGUCUUAUGCAUCCACCAGUGAGGAAUUAGAUGAUUUGCACAAAUAUCCAUACUUCUUUCGAGUGGUUCCUUCCGACAGGUUUCAAGUUCAAGCCAUCCUGGAUAUUCUUUUGGAAUUCAAAUGGACUUAUGUAUCCAUGGUGGUUUCAAAAGGCGACUACGGUGAAAACGCAGCCCAAUCACUGCAAGCCCUGAUUCGAACUUCAGCAAAUGAUGAAAUUUGUUUUGCAGUAGAAGAAAUAUUGCCUAGAAAUGCUACACAGGAAAAUUAUGAUUCAGUUGUGAGGCGCCUAAAUCGUUUUGAAAAAGCAAAAGUUGUGAUUGUGUUUCUAAAUGAAGAUAAAAUCAGUGAACUUUUCGAGGCAUGUGAAAGAUGUGAAAUACCACCUGGUCGUUUCCUCUGGAUUGGAAGCGACGGCUGGGGUACAAAGGAAAGAGUAGUUCAAGGACAUGAAAAAAUGGUCGAAGGGUCACUUACUAUUUUGCCCAAAAGAUAUCCUCUAGAAGCAGGUUUUGAUGAAUAUUUCAAAUCUUUGGAUCCAAAUCGCAAUGACCGAAAUCCCUGGUUCAAGGAAUUCUGGGAGAAUCAAUUUAAUUGCGUUUUUAACAGAGACACAGCAGCUCGACGAAAGCGAAAAACAUGCACAGGAGAAGAAGAUCUCGCCAAAUCUUAUCGACAAGAAGGCUUGGUUCCAAUGGUGAUCGAUUCUGUGCACCUUUUGGCAACAGCUAUCAAGACGAUGUGCGAAAGAGUACCGCGUUUUUGCAAGGAACCAGAGAAAAUGGAACAAAAAUAUAGAGAAAAAUUUCUAGAGAUUAUAAAAAAUACUACCUUCAAUAGUGCUCAAGGUCAUGGCGUGGUGAUAAAGUUUGAUAAUACGAGAAGUGUCUCUGUAAAUUAUUCUAUAUCAGAAUUUAGGAAACUUGCUAAUUUCGAAGAUAUUUUCGGUUACAAGGUUAUAGGCGAGUGGAAUCCAAGCAAAAGGCUAAAAGUGCUUAGACUGCCAGACUGGGAUAUGAGCGGUGGCAUUGCCUCUCGCUGCAGUGCAGAAUGUCCCGAUGGUGAAGAAAGAAUUCCAAAUUCUGAGCCUCAAAAACGGUGCUGCUGGUCUUGCAGACCUUGUAAAGGGGAGGAAUAUUUACCUGAUCCUAAAAGGCCUUGUCAGAAAUGUCCAGAAGGAACCGUACCGAGUUCGAACAAAAAGACCUGCAUAGAACAACAAAUAAAAUACGUCGGGCUAGACUUCAAAAGUCCAUGGGCCUUAGUACCUCUGAUCUUUUCCAUCUUGGGUCUGAUCAGUACCUCAGCAGUACUCGUGAUUUUCUUUCUAAAUCAAAAGACUCCGAUCAUCAUGGCAUCCGGUCGGGAACUUUGCUAUUUCAUACUUGGUGGAAUCAUAGUUUGCUAUUCUUACUCGUUUGUGGCACUUUUAGAACCAGCAGAGGUUAGUUGCGGAGCUCUUCGAAUCGGAAUGGGACUUGGUCUUUCCAUUUGCUAUUCGGCUAUCUUCACUAAAACCAACAGGCUGUCCAGAAUUUUCGAAGUUAGCAUGAAAAUGAUGAAGCGCCCAUCCUACAUCAGCCCGGAAUCGCAGAUAGUGAUAUGCGUCUGUCUAGUCCUCAUUCAAGUGACCUUGACAGUUUUGUGGCUCAUUAUAACGCCACCUAAGGUACCUAAACUAUUCGUGGAAGAUGAGAGAGGAUGGAUCACUUAUUGCGAAGUGGAUGGGAUAUCUCUGCUCUUAGGAUUAAUGUACAAUAUGUUUUUACUGAUUCUUUGCACUAUAUAUGCGUACAAAACCAGAAACAUCCCAGAAAACUUCAAUGAGACCAAAUGGAUAAGCUUCACCAUGUACGCCUCCUGUAUCAUAUGGUUGGCUUUCAUACCCAUUUACUGCAGCGCAACGAAAGAUUAUAAGGUCCAGGCUAUUAUUUUAGCAAUGAGUGUAAGUUCGAGCGGAACUGUAAUUCUUGCUUGCAUGUUCCUGCCAAAAAUUUACAUUGUCCUCUUCCGUCCUGAAAGGAAUGUCCGCUAUCCAACAAAUUCAUCAGCAACAACUGGAACGUCCGGCAGUGGACAACCAGUGCGAUAUGUAAGAGGUGCUUCAAAAACUCAGGACCAACUACAGCAGCCUUCCCCAAUUUUCAGCAAACCUGGUUCAGGUUCUCCAUUCCUCCUGCGAACGAAUCACAUACAGUAGAAAAUGAUGAACUGGAGAAGGAACAGCAUUAUAUUAUAAAAUGGUGGACUAAAUAUAAACUGAUGGAUAGAUGAAAACUAGAAUUUUUAGAUUGAAAAAUCAAAUAAUUUUUCCUUUUGAAACACUCGUUAAAAAUAUAUUUUGCAACUUCAAUCUUCCAUUAUUGCAAGAUUUAGUAAACAUGCAGUAAAAACUCUCUUAUUCGUCCAAAACAGGAUUUCGUCAGUGCCGAAUAGUUGAAUAUAUAUUUCCAGAACUUACAUGCUCUUAUUCUUGUCAUCCACGAAACUUGUAGCGAACAAGUAUAUAAUAAAAACUCUCUUAUUUCACAAAAACAGAAUCUCGUCAAUGCCGGAUAAGAACCUUUUCCGAAUAGCUGAAUAUAUGUCUCUAAAAUUUACAUGUUCAUGUUUGUGUUUUUACAUGUUCAUCUAUGGAACUUGUAACGUACAAGCAUACAAUAAAAGUUCGCUUAUUCAAAGAAAACAGGAUCGGAUAAGAGCCUUUACCAGAUAAUUGAAUAUAUGUCUGAAGAAUUUACGUGCUACUAUUUGUGAUGUAAUCCAUGGAAAUUGUACCCAUUGGUCAUAUUUUCUGGUUCAUCGGGAUGUGAUUAGAUAAAUUAUACCAAAAAUCGUACGUAGUAUUUAAAAUUAAUACAUGUAUAGAUAUAAUUUUAUUUUCAGAUAAACAUAAAAAAAAAAUAUUUUUUGAAACUGCAGUACAUACCAUGAUUUUAAAGUUACAUGUGAGACAACUUAAAACUUCGAAUAUUUUCCUGUUUACAAGGACAUCUCCUUAAUUCUAAAAAUUAAUUAUGUGUACAGUAAAUCUUUGUAAUAUCAUGUCCAAACAUUAAAAAAUUUAUUCGUUAAGUUUAAAA